UGACACAGUGAGCUGAAGACACGUCUCACUCCUCACAUCAUGUUCACGAUGAAGGCGGGGGACAAAAGGAUGUUUGGGGGACUUGUCUUCCUGCUGGCAGGUGUUGCUGCUCAGACGGUGAAGCAUCCACGUUCUGUUUGUGCUGUGAAGGGUUCGAGUGUCACGCUCCCCUGCUCCUUCAAACCGGCCAUCAUCUUUGUUGUGGAUGAACAAGAGUUUCUGCUCCAGAUCGUCAGAGUCGUGUGGUGUAAGAACCAUCUGAUCUGUCAGAGUCCAACUCCGACUGUGUACGACAGCGAGUCAAAGACAAACGACCCUCGCUUCCUGUACCUGGGAGACAAGAGGACAAACUGUACUCUACAGAUCAGAGACGUCCGUGAGGAAGACAACGCCACGUUUCGCUUCAGGAUGGAAGCGGCGGAUGUGUCUGGACAUUUUACCAAGAAAACCGGAGUGAUAGUCUCAGUCGUUGACGAGUCUGAGCUGAGGAUCGAGAGCUCCAGUGAUGACGGCGUGAGGUCAGAAGGUCAGAACAUCAAACUGCUCUGCACGUCACGCUGCUCCACCCACCAACUCAACAUCACCUGGUUCAGAGAUGGCCACGCCCUCUCAGAGACUGGCCCCGCCCUCCAGCUCAGCGCUCUGACAGCAGGGGAUUCUGGGAACUAUACCUGUGGGUCGAAGACGUCCCACUCUCCGCCGUACUCUCUGCACGUGGACGUGGUCGCCACAGGAAGUGACUUGAGUGUUCUGAUCACGGUCCACCUGCCACUGCUCGCCCUCCACACUGUCCUCAUCAUCGUUGUUACAGUGACUGUCGUCCACAGAACAUGUGACUGCAGAAAAGCAGCAGCAGCUCAGCAGCAAACAAGCAUGUGACAUGAGGACAUGUCCACAAGCGGACAGCGAUCUCACGCGUCUGGUCGUCAUGACGGAAGAGGACACGCGGUGGUGCAGCGACGCCACCAUCUGUCAGCUACACUUUUACCUCCUCUGCGAUGAGUCAAAUAAUACCACUUUUAAAUGUGGACUAUUAAAUAUAAGGUCUCUCU